UCCUUUCGAGUCACUCUGGAAAGUUCGCUGCCCUUCCUCCGAGUGAUCAGUCUAGAAGCUUCUCUCAGCUUUUAAAUCAUCUCUCUCUCCGUCUUUACACAUUAAAUCAGUUUCUGUAACUUGACACGGACAACUCACUAGGCAUCAGUUUUAAACCCCGAGCAGGACAUUAAGUGCAGGGAGUGACACUUCAGCGAGUGAGCUGAGCCGCUUUCUGUUGCCGGAGGACUGCAGGACUGUCUUAGCCGUAAACUUACACAUUUCAGUGCGAACAUGACUGCAGAGGAAGUGUCACACGACGGCCAGAGCAUCUCCACUGAGGGAGAGGACAUCACUCCUAAGAAAGAUGGAGGAGUUUUGAAGCUGGUGAAGAGUGAGGGCACGGGCACGGAGUUACCCAUGACAGGCGACAAAGUGUUUGUGCAUUAUGUCGGCACUCUUUUAGAUGGCACUCAGUUUGACUCCAGCCGUGAUCGAGAUGAGAAGUUCUCAUUUGAGUUAGGAAAAGGUCAGGUGAUUAAAGCGUGGGAUAUUGGCGUGGCGACAAUGCGCAUCGGUGAAAUCUGUCAACUGAUUUGUAAACCCGAGUACGCAUACGGAUCUGCAGGAAGCCCACCGAAAAUCCCACCCAACGCCACCCUGGUGUUCCAGGUCGAGUUGUUUGACUUUCAUGGUGAGGAUAUUACAGAAGAGGAAGAUGGUGGAAUUAUUCGAAGAAUCAUCACUAAAGGAGAGGGUUAUACUAAACCAAAUGAGGGUGCAUCUGUGGAAGUGCAUGUGGAGGGAAAGCACGAGGGCCAUGUGUUUGAUGAUCGGGUUCUGAAGUUUGAGGUGGGAGAUGGAGAGGGUCUCGACCUGCCACCCGGAGUGGAGAAAGCUCUGCAGGCUAUGGAACAAGGCGAGGAAUCCCUGUUCAUUAUCAAACCAAAAUACGGGUUUGGAAGCGCUGGCAAACCCAAAUUUAACAUUCCUCCUGGUGCGACACUGCAGUACAAAAUCACACUGACAAAAUUUGAAAAGGCUAAAGAAUCCUGGGAGAUGAACACCAGUGAGAAACUGGAACAGAGUGCUAUCGUCAAGGGGAAAGGAACGCAGUACUUCAAAGAUGGCAAAUAUAAGCAGGCGGUGGUGCAGUAUAAGCGCAUUGUGUCUUGGCUGGAACAAGAGUCUAACCUGCAGGGCGAGGAGGAAGAGAAAGCCAAAGCCCUAAGGCUGGCGGCUCACCUCAAUCUGGCCAUGUGCUAUCUAAAACUUCAGGAGCCCAAUCCUGCCCUGGAGAACUGUGACAAGGCACUGGAACUAGAUGCAAACAACGAGAAAGCCUUGUUUAGACGAGGAGAAGCCCUGUUUGUGAUGAAGGAAUUCAGUCGGGCGAGAGGAGACUUCCAGCGUGUGAUAGAGCUGUAUCCGAACAACAAGGCCGCGAGGAGUCAAGUACUACAGUGUCAGAAACACAUCAAGGAGCAGCACGAAAAAGACAAACGACUCUAUGCAAACAUGUUUCAAAAGUUUGCAGAGAGGGAUGCUAAAAAGGAAGCCGAACAGGCAAAGAAAGAGAGUGAUGGCUCAAUGGAGAUCGAGGAAAAUGGUGCCCAUGAGCAGACUGCAGCAUAAAUGAGUUACUUGGGAUGCUUUUGUUUGUCUAAGUUUUUUUUUUUUUUUUUUUUUUACACAUUUUUCUUUCUUUUUUUAAAAAAACUGUUUGUUCCUAUGAAAUGAGUGUGUGUGUGUGUUUAGGUGUGAAGUUGAAAGUCUGAUUUGUACAAUACAGAAUGUUUGUUUUUGUUCCUUCUCUCUUUGCCGCACUGGCAUUGGCACUGUGUGAUUAAUUUGUGGGUUUGUGUUCGUGUGAGGCAGCUACUUGGCCCGUCUGUGUACUUUUUCGCUGCUAUUCCGCAUGAAGGUGCAGAGUUGAAGCCUGUAACACUGAAUGGAGAUCUGCUCAGUAAAUAUUAGGCGGUACUGCAGCCUCCGGUUAUGGGCCUGUCCCUGAUAGUGCUACUUAACGAUGUAACAGAGCACUAGUACUAAACGGAUAAAGGCAUGGAGCUCAAAUGUUUGUCAUGGCGACACGACUGUUUUGUUAUUGAUUCUGGUUGUACACAAUUGAUAACUGUUUUUUUUCGCUACAUUUUUCACUUCGCUGUCCAUAAAGCUCUUAAACUCCUAUAUAUAAUUUUUUUUUUUACAUAACUGGAUUAUUAUUAUUUUUUAAACAUUUAAGAUGAGUAUACAGGAUGAGCUGUUUAUCAAAUAGAACCGCCAUGGUUGACUUGCUCGUACAGUUGCUAUGUUUUAGGCAGUCGAAGAAAUUAAUCCAGACUUCUGUUCUAACCUACUACUGGUGUGUUAAAGUGCAUGUGUUGACUCCGACAAGGAUUCUGAGCUCAGAUGGGGGACAUCUUGAGCUGAGGUUGUAAAAAAAAUAUGAAAAUGUUGUUGUUUCUUAGGAGUCCAUAUGCUACUUGUACUGGUUUGUUUGAAAUGCAUGAAGGGAGGUGGGAGAAAUGUGAGCUGUUCUGUUCUUUUGUCACUAAUGCUCCAGUGAUGUCAAAUAAAAGAAUCUAAUAAGCUCAAA